AUUUUUAUAAUCAAAGACACGUCGGAAGAAGAAGAAAGAUUCUCAAUAAAAGAAACAAAUUCUUUCCAAAAAGAAGCAAUGAAGGAGAAUGGAAUAUUAAAAGAGCCGACCAUGUCAGAAUCCUUUUCUACGAGAGUCGGUAAUAUAACCGAGAAAUAUGAUAAAUCAAAACGCGAAAAUAACAAUCCAGGAAAAAUUGACGAUAAUAUGACGGUGACGGCCGAUAGACAUCGAUGUCAACGUCCUCUUCGUAAUAUAAUUGGCAAACGAGAGCAGCGUAGAGAAGAAUUGGAAAAGGUGGAAGGAGAUCUGCGACAACGUCUGGAUAUGCUUGAGUGUUCGAUACCGGCGGUGAUGAUAUGGAAUAUUUGGAGAAUGUCACAAGGCGUGCCUGUCUGCAGGAUCAAGCGUAUUCUGGAGAAACAAUUUAAAGACACGAGGGAACUCUCUUGUCGCAGUACACCGAGCUGUCAUUAUGAUUGCAGGGUACGAGAAGUCGAGGCAGAAAGAAAACUGGCGUUGAAAAAGGUGGAGGAAGCGCGAACUCUUUGGUCGGAGAAACUCGCGACGUUGGAAGAAAGAAAAAGAAAACUUGACGAAGCCAGGAAAAUUCAGGAGGAACAAAGAAACGCGAUAGAACGGUUAAACGAGGAAAAUAGAAUGCUGCAAGAAGCGAUGGAAAAGGAAGCAAUGGAAAUGGACGAAUCGUGCCAGUGCGACGAUACACAAUGUAAACAGAGACAUCUCAGCAAAGUCUCUAGCGUGAUGUCCAUCGAGUCCGGAGACAUUCAGUGUCUGGAGAAGCUACAACGAUUAGCGGAGGAGGAGGUGAUAACAAAACGAGAAAUAGUCGAGUUGGAACGCCGUGAGGAAACUUACAUGAGAACGCUUCAGCAGGCCGAUGAAUUGUGGUCAAAAAUGGAGGGCGACAUGGUCAGUACAACGAGCGCAUUACAAGAACAAUUGGACAUGAAAACUGCCGCCAAUCAACAACUCGCGAAUCGUGUAUGCGAAUUGGAAGAUGCGCUCGAGAAGUGCCGGGCAAGACUAAUCACGUGUAGAACGGAACUAGAGAAGUUUCUAAGUAUCGAGAAAGUCGAAGCUAUGAUAGGUCGCGAUGAUGAUGUUGCGAAAGUGGCAGAUAAGGAAGUUGCGGUAAAGGCUAAAGUCGUGCAUCGGCGAAUCGGUAGGAUAGAUGACAUAGCCACAGUAAAGGACGACGAAAUUCUUGCGAAGGUUGAAGUUGCGGAUGAGGGAGUACUAGCGAAAACCAAAGUCGUGGACGAGGAAACGUUAGCAAUAACCGAAGUUGAGGAUAGGGAAGCAUUGGCGAGAGUCGCUUUGACCGACGCCGAUGUAGAAGCUACUUUUAUCGUGGAUGAUAAAUUCGUCUCGGUUAAACCCGACUUGGCUGAUCUUGCUAUCGACCGUCCGGUUGAUCUUGUACAAAUCGAAGAUGCGGAAAGUAUAGUUCGACCGGAAGACGUAGCUUAUGAGCAACAGAGAUUCAAAGAAGUUCGAGAAUACUUGGCACAAUUAGGCUCGUUAGAAGAGCUUUAUACAGAUGAUGGUGUGCCGUGUGCACAUGAUUUCGUAUGCAACGAUGUGGUGACGUCACCUACUGGUAUGACAGAUGAGGAACUUAUUGCGUUGGGCGUAGAACAUCCUGCACUAACAAAGGAACGUGAUGAAACCGUGAUUACCGAGGAACGAGAGAGGCAAUUUAAAAAAGAAUUAGUAAAAAAAUCACACAACGCUGUUGACGGGAUUGAAAAAAGAGAAAAGAACGAAGAUGAAAUUCCUGGCGUCGAAAUUGAGAGAAAAAUUGCCGAGAAAGUGAAAAAACGGGUCGCUGAAGUCAUAGACGUUAGAGAAACUGUAACGCCACGGACAAUUAAAGAAGUUGUGGAUGAUAGGCUGGUAACGAUGCUGAAAGAUCGAGCGUCGGAAGUAAACAACAUCGAGGCCGGAAAUAAACAAAAUCAGGGCAUCGUGAUACAACGGGAUACGAUCUUAUCGUGGAUUGAUGCGAUCGAUACGAUUCACACGACAGCAGCGAAACAUCCUGACUGUCGUGAAGUGAAGAAAGAUGCUGAUACCUUAGCAGAACAAGUUGGCACGUAUGUUGGGAUAAAACCUAAAGAAGUGGAGGAGGAAAAUGCAACAAUAAAUACAGAAGGUAAGCAGGAAAAGGUGAGUGAGAAGAACGAAAUAAAAAUAAAAUAA